AUGGCCGAAGAGCAGAAUAAAGACACGCUGAGCGUUCAGAACGAAACGCUUCAGCGAGAGGUCAAUGACCUCAGGAGCAUGUUGAGCCUGAUGAAGGAAAACAUGGAGCUUCGCACCGAACUGCGCAGCUUCUCAUCAGCCUCUCAUCAGGAGAGCGCAGGAACAUCUGGCAUGGCGGUCUCUUUCCAUAACGAUGAUGCAGUGAGGAAAGCAAGGCUUCAGUGGCUCGACUCUGUGAAUGAAAGCAAAUUCAUGAGUGGCCUCCUUAAAAACACACAUCGCACAUCAUCUCCUCUCAGCCUGCCGACUGACAAAGAGUCGCUGAGCACGACUCCACAUCACGACAACCAGCUGCCCAACGGCUCCUUUUCCCACCUGAGAGUGGAAGAUCCUGAGCGACUGGUGGGAGAAAUGGCCUUCCAGCUGGACCGAAGGAUUCUGGCCUACAUCUUCCAGAACCAGUCGAGACUGUAUGGCUUCACUGUGGUCAACAUACCAGAUAAGAUAAUACAGGUAUCCACACACCCUCUUACAGGUGCAGUGGAUGAGGCGUACAGGUGUGAACUGACUGACCGUUAUUUGGACUUGAUGGAUCGUCUGCGUUCGCUGGGCUACAGCCUGACCCUCCAUCCGCCCUUCACCGAGUUCAUCAUCAACACGUAUGGCAUCCUGAAACAGCGGCCGGACGCACAGACCACCCGCCAGCUCGGCUACAAUAACCCAGACCUCCUGCGGCGUGUGUUAGUGGACACCGUGCCGUGCAGCCUGCUGAAAGACCUGCUGCUGCUCUUCAGCUGCCUGUGCUACAUGGCCCGGCGGGACGGAAAGGCCUUACUGCUGUGGUAG